GGGAAGUUACUCUGGAAACCACAUGUUUACAUUUUAAUAUCAGAUUAUUUGUCAAGAUUAUUGAAAUAAAUAUAUAUUUAAAAGCUGUUUCAUAACAGCAUACAUGUGUUUGUAAUCGAAACUUGGUGCCAGAGAAACAUUCGAGCAGAAUUGUAUAUGUUAGCAUCAUAAGGUAGAAUCAACUAUGCAGCCAUACCAACAGCGAAUGAGAUCACCAGGGAUGCAGUGUGGGCAACCUCAGUUUAACAUGAAUGGACUCCCACCACAAACCCCAUCAUUUAACCCUCAGAGGCCGCCACCACAGGCGCCGUAUUACAACCAACAGUGGCCUCCAGCCCUUCCGGAAACAUUUGGUGUUCCCAUGAAUAACACACAAUGGCAACCAAGAGGACAAGGUGGCCAAAACUACAACAACAACCACCACAUACAACCAGGCGGCCCUAACAACCACAACAACAUACCACCAGGUGGCCCAAACAACAACCACCACAUGCAACCAGGCGGCCCUAACAACAACCACAACAACAUACCACCAGGUGGCCCAAACAACAACCACCACAUACAACCAGGCGGCCCUAACAACAACCACAACAACAUACCACCAGGUGGCCCAAACAACAGCAACCACAUACAACCAGGCGGCCAAAACUACAACAACAAUAACAACAACAACUUCUUCGGAAGUGGUGGCCCAAACCAUAACAACAAUAACAACAACCACAUGUCACAAAUACGGCCUCCUCCAAACUUUCCCCCAAAUAACCAGUGUGGUCCAAUGUUCAACCCCAGGGGUCAGAAUCGGCCAAUGGGAAGACCACAGUUGAAUAACCAUGGUAACCAAGGCCAACACAGGGGACAAACUCCAGGUGGGGGACCGCCAAGAUUUUUUAGGUCACCAGGUCAAAACCGACCUAGAUUUCACGGCAACCAGGGGAAUCAGCAACACCAGCCAAACAAGAAGGUGAAGGUAGAUAAAAGAGAGCUGCCAGAGAACAACCGUUUCUACUGUGACAUCUGUGACCGUGGGUAUAAAGAUGAGGACAAAUACCAGGCCCAUAUUGAUAGCCAUGAAAGGUGUCCUAAGGAGGGAUGCAGCUAUGUGGCCGCAGGCAAGUUGGUUCAACUACAUAUUAAACUGCAACAUAACUCCGGUAUGGCAAAGAAGAUCUGGUCCCUCGCAUCGCAGGAAGACAUAGCAAAGUGGCGAGAAGAGAGAAAAAAGAACUUUCCAACAGCAGCGAACAUUGAGAAGAAGAAGGCUGAACUGGCUGAUAGGAUUGCAAGAGGGGAGGUGAUAGAGGAAAAAUACUUUGGUAAAAUGAGAGGCAGGAACAACUCAAGAGGUCGUGGCAGGGGUGGUGGUCGUGGCCGGGGUCGUGGGAGAGGUCGUUUCCAAGACAACAUGGAAGGGGACUCUUUAAUGGAGGAUGGCAAGGGGGACAACUGUGAUAUACAAACUGGAGUAAAGGGAGAUAAUGCAGACAGGAAGAGGAAAAUGGAAGGAGGCAAUGAUGAGGAGGGUGGGGAAAAGAAAUUGAAGGAGGGAGAGAGUGAGAAUUUGACAAUUCAGGAAAAGAUGGACUCGCUGGCAAAGUUCUUUGUUUCUCCAGACUCAGACUCGGAUUCCAGCAGUGACUCUAGUUCCGACAGUUCCAGUCCCAGUGAUGGCACUCAGAAAGGAAGUUCCUCCAAACAGGAACUGGUUGCAGCAGGUGCCCUCGGCAGUCUGAUAACCACAUACUCUAUCAGUUCUGAGUCAGAGCCAGAGGAAGUUACCAGUAAAGAUGCUGCUAAACAGACAGUUGAUCCACUGAAAACAAAUGCAACUAAAGAUGAGGAUGAAGAAGAAAAGACGUCCCCGUCCGCUAAGUCUGGACAACCCAAGGGAGACAACAGCAGAGACAGAGAAACAGGGGGCCCCGGAAAAACCACAAUAACCACUUUCCUUCCAAAGUGGACAAGUCCCUCCUUGAAAAACUGCUUGCCAAGGAAAUCCGCCAGGAGAGGAACAAAAUCAUGCAGUGUGUUCAUUAUAUUGUCAAACACAAUUUCUUUGAAGACAAUAAAACUUCAUAAAACCAAGUGCUUGAACUGGUUCAAGUUGAUUUUGGUUCACCUGAGCGAUAAUUGCUAAAGACUCGGGGUGCAGUGUCUUUUGAAUUAUUGCCCUUUGUUGAUUUUGUUGCAUAAAUAAACAUACAUGUACCUGUUA